GGAAUAAACGGAGGGCAGCGGCAGCAGGGGCUGAGCAUCGUGCAGAGGACAUCCCUGCAGCUGCCCCAGCUCCAGCCUCACUAGCAUCUUCCUCAGCCCCCGCAGCACCAUGAAGGUCCCUGCAGUCGCCCUGGCCACUCUGCUCCUCGUGGCCAUCUGCUCCCCAGCCGAGGCCCAGCUUGAUGACUCCCGCGUUGCUGCAUCCUCCCAAAAGCCAGGCACCAUCCCCACCCCCUGCUGCUUCUCAUUCCUGCGAACCCCCAUCCCACGCAGACUCCUCGCCUCUGCCUACACCACCAGCAGCCAGUGCUCCCAGCCAGCAGUGAUCCUGGUCACCAAGAAGGGGAAGACAUUGUGUGCAAAUCCCCAGGCGCCCUGGGUGCAGGAGCAUCUGAAGUACUUAGAGAUGCAGGAGUACUGACCCUUCCCCACUGCCAACCCAGCGCAGUGGGCUCGGCCCCCAGCAGCAGACGUGCAACAGAAUGCUUGAGCUGCAUCCUUCUUCAACGGGAAAAUUUAUUCUAAUUGACAUACAUUUGUUAAAUGGAAUUUUGUUUGCUAAGAAAGAGAAAAUACAAAAACAAUUUAAAACAUAUCAACAUGCCUGUUCAUGAGAAGCCAAGAGUUUUGAUGCCUAAAUAAAGCCUUUGGAUUAUCAAGC